GGGGCCCCCUGGGGGUGUGGGUACUCCUGCGUAUGUGGUGCGGAUAAACUGGAUAGAAAAGUACGGAGCCAUGCCGAUGCUGCCGGCCCGGAAGCAGCCGCUUUGUGGGCUGCUGGGGGGCCCCCGGAGGGGCGGGGGGGGCCCCCAGGGGCCCCUGGGGGGCCCCCAGGGGCCCCUGGGGCCCCUGGGGCCCCUGGGGCCCCUGGGGCCCCUCGGGGGGGCCCCCCAGGGCCCCGGGCUGCUGAAAAGGACUGUGCUGGGGGCCUCCACGGAAGUGGCUGUGGAUGAACAGAAGUUCAAAGAAGUGGUUUGCUGCGUGAGGGAUUAUGUGCAGUUUGGCAGCAGAUCUACGGAGCCUUGGAGGCCCCCAGCAGCAGCAGCAGCAGCAGCAGCAGCAGCAGCAGCAGCGGCGGCAGCAGCCGCCGCAGAGCCCUCUCGAAAGAGCCCCCCGAGGCCGCUCAGCAGCAGCAGCAGCAGCAGCUACGCUGCAGCAGCAGCCCCUGCUGCUGCUGCUGCUGCUGCUGCUGAGGGGGCCCCCCUCUCCGUGGCUUCGCUGCUGUCGCUGGCCUCCGCGCAGGUGGCUGCGCGGCGCCAGCAGCAGCAGCAGCAGCAGCAGCAGCAGGCCGGCGCCGCCUCCGCUGCUGCUGCUGCUGCUGCUGCAGCAGCAGCAGCAGCAGCAGCAGCAGGACCCAAGCCCCUGGGCCUCCCCGGGAGGCCUGCUGCAGCAGCAAACCCCUUCAUUGGCUAUGCAGCAAUUCUUCCUUUCCUUUCAGAAGCUCAAUUCCACCACGUGCGGCGGCUGCAGCUGAAGGCCCUGAAGAAGGCGGGCAGGGCCCCCAGGGCCCCUGCUGCUGCUGCCAGCAGCAGCAGCAGCAGCAGCAGCAGCAGCAGCAGCAGCAGACAGCCCGGCGCUUGCCGGAGUGUGAAGACUAGCGCGGCAGUGGCGGCCAAACCUGCAGCAGCAGCAGCAGCAGCAGCAGGCAGUGCAGCGACAGCAGCAGCAGCAAAAAAGAAGGCGGGAGCCCACUCAGGAGCAGCAGCGCCUGCAGCAGCAGCAAAGGCAGCAGCAGCAGCAGCAGCACCGAAAGCAGCCCCCGCAGUAAAAGCGUCGUCAGCAGCAGCAGCAGCAGCAGCAGCAGCAGCAGAUGCGCGAGGAGGUGACGCGGGUUCUUCAGUGCCCGCCGUGGCAGCCUCAGCUCCUGCAGCAACAGCAGCAGCAGCAGCAGCAGCUCCUGCUGCUGCUGCUGCUGGAAAGGCAGCAGCAGCAGCAGCAGCAGCAGCCAAACCCCCCGCCUGCCGCAGGGCCCCCGUAGUGCCCCCGCCGCUGAAGCGGCUGCGCACUGCAGGGGGGCCCCCCUUGGGGGCCCCAGGGGCCCCCAGGGCCCCCGCAGCAGUGGGGGCCCCCAGGGGCCCCGCGGGGGCCCCCGAGGGGCCCCUGGGGGCCCCCAAACCUGGGGGGGCCCCCCAAAACCCCCUUGCUGCUGCAGCAGCAGCAGCUGCUGGGGCCCCCCAGGCUGCCGGGCGCCCCGGGGCCCCCGGGGGGGCCCCCAGAGGGGGGGCCCCCAAGGGGGGGGCCCCCAGAGAGGGGGCCCCCAAAGGGGGGGCCCCCAAAGGGGGGGCCCCCAAAGGGGGGGCCCCCCUUGAGCCCUGGGGGUCUGAGAAAAGCCGCAGCUUUGAAAAUGUCGAACUGACUAGCAGCAGCAAAAGAGCAGCAGAAGAAAAGGGCGGAAGAGAAGAAGUCAGUGACGAGAAGUUGGCCGUAGAGGCAGCGCAGAGCUCACCUGUAGAGGCCCGCAAGCCUAAGCUAUUAGCGGCACUGCAGCAGCAGCAGCAGCAGCAGCAGCAGCAGCAGCAGGUGCAGCAACGGCAGAGGCAGCAACGCGGAAACGCGAGCAGCAGCAGCAGCAGCAACGGCAGAACCAGAGCAGCAACCGCAGCAGCAGAGGCAGCAACGAGACGCAGCAACAACAGAACCAGCAGCAGCAGAAUCAGAGCACCAACAGCAGCAGAACCAGAGCAGCAACAGCAGCAGCAGCAGCAGAAGCAGCAACAGCAGCAGCAGCAGCAACAGAAGGUGCGCCUUACCUUCCUCUCGGUGGACGUAGCUGCACGUACAGCAGAACUGGCAGCACCAGCAGCAGCAGCAGCAACAGCAGCAGCAGCAGCAGCAGCAGCAGCAGCAGCAGCAAAAGCAGACACGAGCCUGUAG